AUGAUGCCAGACAAGUUCAGCGACAUUUUGAACAAGCGAUUUUCACUCAAAGAUUUGGGUAUAGAUCAAGCAACUCGAGCUGAUGCUGGCUUGACGGUGAUUGGUGUUGGAGUAUCCGGCGGAGGCCGAGGCUUGAAGAAGCCUGGAGGAGGAGGGGGAGGAGGUGGGGCUACGUCAGGUGGAGGAUCGAACUCAGGAGUUGGUGGUCGUGGUCGCUUAACUGGGACUGGUUUUGGAGUAACCGGGAUCGGCUUGGGGAGGAAGGCUUUCGGUGAGGGCUUGAAGGGGAAGACUUUUGGUAGGGCUUAAGGUUAAGACUUUCGGGAAGGCUUCAAGAAACCGAUGCGUUGAUGUGGAUUUAGUUUCCGAGGAACGGAAGCGUAAGAGACUGCAAAGAAGCCGAGUAGUAGGAUGAUGAGUACAAAGGAGAGGUUUGGUUUUGUCUCAAGUCCCAUCUCUAGAGUUGAUUUUUUAAGUGUUUG